UCCUGGUGUUUUAGACCAGUUCCCAUCACUUAUUUGCUUUUAAAAUGCUCGUCACAUCACCAUUUUUCAGCAUGCAGUAACACAUUAUCCCGCUGAAUGAUCCCAGCAUCAAACUGAGCUGUCAACAUUUCCCAGAAGAGCUAAUGGAUGAUGCACUUUAAGAGCAUCCAGCUCCGCAAUUUGCAGCACAGAGACGCAGAGUGGCUGUGAUUGGCUGUGAGCUGCAGGAGGUCACCUGGAGGAUAUAUAAUAUAAAACCAGGUCUGAUAAGUAUGGAAGUGUUAGUACCUGCUGAGAACACUCACACUGUUCGGAGACACACACACAGAGGAUGAGGCUCGUGGCUCUGGUCGUGGUGUGCGGGCUGAUCGUGGGUCAGGAUGGAGGGAGCGUGGGAGCAGCUCUGCCGGAACUCGACUCUGCACAGAGGACAGGAGCAACAGGUUCACUCCUCUCUGCGCUCAGGAGGAGGACUGCAGGAGAGUUUUUUGGGGAGGAUUCCAGCCCGUGUUUCUCUCUGAGAGAGAACGAGGAGCAGCGGCAGCUCCUGUGCAACGACCGCAGGAGUAAAUUCAACUUCAACCCGUUCGGCCUCCGCUUCGGGAAGCGCUACAUUUACAGAAGGGCCCUUAAAAGAGCCAGGACGAACAGGUUCUCGCCCCUUUUUCUCUUCCCACGAGAACUGGAGGUGCCUACCUGAUGCCUACUGAUGUGUCUUCCUCUGAGGACUUGUGUCCCAUUGGUGAAAAGUCAACAUGUGACAAGUCUUUCCAUGUGUUUAAAAUAGGCCUUUUACUUCAGAUAAAAGGUUUCGGUGAAUUAAACUUUUUGUACCUACCUUUACUGUGACAUGAUUUGAACAUGGAAGAAUACGAGAGAAAAACACACUUACAACAGUGUAAACAGAAUGCUUUAGACAAUAUCAUUUUGUAAAAUGUUUGCUUUUCUCAUCUCAGUUUUUAAGAAAUCUAAAUGAAACAGUCCAAUGGACUUUUAUGAUGAUGGGAAAGGAGUAGUUCAUUUCACAAUAAAAGCACUGUAUGGUUAAUAAAAAGCUUAAUUGUAAUUUUUUGCAACCACAAGAUGGCACUGCAGUUAUUUUAAAAUGCAAUAUAUA